UCAGUUGUCGGUGAGGCCGGCGGGGCGGAUCCCACAAGGAGUCAAAAAAACAAAAAACAAAAAAACUAUAGCUACAAAGAACAACUGUAACAACUUGACCGUCUCGUAUAUUUCGCCGUAAAGCUCCCCGGUGGAUAUAUAUAUCUAUAUAUAUCUAUAUAAAAAACAAGAUGCCCUCUGCGAUGAAAGCCAAUGGGACAGCGCAGUCUGCCAGCCCAGAUGUGGGAUCCGCUCCAGUUGUAGUGGGCAGCAGUGCGCUCGGCAGGCCAUCUGAAAUCCUGAAGCAAGUGCUCGAAGUCAUUGAUAAGAAAGCACGUAACAUGGAGAAGAAGGCACGCAACAUAGAGAAGAAAAAGAGCAAACUGGACGAUUAUCAAAUCCGAAAGGAUAAAGGCGAGUGUCUUAACCAGGACCAGCUGGAGGCCCUAAGCAAAUACCACGAUGUCAUUAAUAACUUGGAAUUUGCCCGAGAGUUGCAGAAGACAUUCAUUGCUCUUGGUCAAGAUAUCCAGAAGGCAGUGAAGAAGUCCGCCCGACGAGAGCAGCUGCAGCGUGAGGAGGCAGAGCAGAGGAGGCUGAAGACUGUUCUGGAGCUGCAGUUCCUCCUGGAUCGGCUGGGAGACGAGACUGUGCGGCAGGACCUGAAGCAGGGACUCGGGGGCUCAAUGCUGCUCACAGAUGUGGAACUGGCGGGCUUCGAUGAGUUCUACAAGUUGGUGGGGCCAGACCGUGACCAAAAAAUCAGGUUGGUUGACCAGUAUGAGGAGGUGACUGCGCACCUUUGGGACCUGCUGGAAGGCAAGGACAAGGCUGUGGUUGGCACAACAUACAAGGCACUGAAGGAGAAGUUGGACAAGGUUUUGCUGAGCGGUUACUUUGACCAGGUUCCAACUCAGCAAAAUGGAGUCUGUAAGGAGGGGGAAGAGGGGAACGGGGGGGAGGCAGAAGUGGAAGUUGAAGUGCCAGCAGCAACCUCGACAACAGAAACAGCGGCUGAAUCGCAGCCUGUUGCUGCAGAAGCCGAAGUUAUCGAAGAGUAUAUAGAACCCAUCGCAGUGGAAACAAAAGAGUUUGUAAACAGACAGUUCAUUCCAGAUGGCACAUACAGCACCAGUGAACUGGAGCAAGGGGAUGAGUGGACCACAGAAACUGAGGUGAUCGCUGCCAUGCAGCAGCAGCAGCAGCCCGUGCAGCCGGCCCCUCCCCCUAUUGCCAUGGAGACCCUCCCGUUGAGCCUGGUGGCUCCUGCCCCGCUAACUGACCCCAUGGUCAGGAAGCAGGUGGUGCAGGACCUAAUGGCACAGAUGCAGGGAACGUACAACUUCAUGCAGGACUCCAUGCUGGAGUUUGACGGGCAACCCAUCGACCCCGCCAUUGUAUCGGCCCAGCCCAUGAAGCCCGGUCAGACCUUGGAGCUGCCACAGAUGAUGUGUCCUCCAGUUCAUCCCGACCCACGGCUAUCACAACCCAGCACUGUUCCUGUCCAAGCUGAGGCCGCACACGGACCCAUUGUCUCCGCAACACCACCACCCAUGUAUCAGACCUCGCAUACGCCAGAUUCACGACCAACAGAAACCAUCGACCCCAUCCAGACGUCCAUGUCCUUGCCGUCAGAGCAGCCUCCCCCCUCCACGUCUCUCCCCCCUGCCUCACAGACCCCAGUCUACCAGCCCGUCCCCAAAGCCCCUCACAGCAGCGGCAUCAAUGUCAACGCAGCACCAUUCCAGUCAAUGCAAACAGUGUUCAACCUCAAUGCCCCCGUCCCGCCUGCGAGUGAGACAGAGGCUUUGGGCCAGCCCGCCCAGUACCAGAACAGCUUCAACCAGGCCUUCAGCAACCAGCCUCAACAUCCUGUAGAACCAGCUGAGAUGCAGCCAGAACAACUGCAACCUGUUGGUCCCUUCCAUUCCCAAGAGCAGUCUGGAGGCCAUCAGCAGCCUUCGCAGCAAGGCCCAGGCUUCAACAGGCAGCCUCAGUCCUUCUACAACAGCAGAGGGAUGUCACGCGGUGGACCCCGCAAUGCCAGAGGCAUGAUCAACGGCUACAGAGGCUCAUCCAAUGGGUUCAGAGGUGGCUAUGAAGGUUAUCGCCCUCCUUUUGCCAACACUCCCAACUCUGGUUAUGGACAGACUCAGUUCAACACACCACGGGAUUACUCAAAUGGGAAUUAUCAGAGGGAUGGUUACCAACAGAACUACAAGCGUGGACCUGGCCAGGGACCCCGAGGCGCUUCGAGAGGCAGCACUCAAGCAAUGAGAUCCUGAAAGGCCUCUCAUAAUGACUGAAUAAAGUGCACCACACUGAAAAUUCCAAAAUCAAGACUUCAUUUUCCCAAACUCACUCUUGCUCUAUUCAGUAUGCUCAUCAGUGGUAUUGUUCCUGUCUCCUCCAAUCAAAGGUAGCGGCUGCUUUGAUAUUGGAAAUAUAAAAUACUUUAGUCUGGACAUAAGCAAAGCUGUAAAUGCAAUCAGCGAUUUAUAGAGGCCAUUUGUUAACAAUAUUCCUGGAAACUUGAAAGAUUUCAUAAGUUAUUUUUUUGUAUUAAAAUGCACCUGCCACUGCUGGUCCAAUCCAUGGGAGUAGCCCUUUCUCAGUUGUCAUUUUGGUUUUGGGAAAAAACAAAACAAAAAAAAAACGAUUUUAUGUUCAACAAACUCCCCUUUCUUGUUUAUAAAUUGAUGUUGCUAAAAGGCUGCCGCACACAAAGCGACGCGGUUGAACCCGACUGAACAGUUGCGCAGUGUGUGUGGUUUGGCAACUGUUUUCAUGAGAGGCUGAUCCACAUACAGUAUAUGAAGCAUCAGCUCUUUCAGUUUUACAUCAAUACUUAAUAUUUAUAAUUUGUAAGGUGCCUGAUAAUGGAAAAAGUGAAGCUGGUAUCCAGAAUGUAUGCACGCAGUACAUACAAUUGGGUAAUUACAUCCACUCUCUUCAGCAACCUGCUUCUUCCUUAAAUGUUAAUCUAUCUUUUUAUGGUUGGAUAAAUAAGAUAAAGUACAAUAUACUGUAUGUACAGCGUCAAACCCCAAUAGAGGCUCGCGGUUCAGGGCUUCCUUAUAUCCAAUCGCUCAAUAUGCUGGGGUCAGUCGGCAACUUAUUUUUAAUGCGAUGGUCUGGUCCAGUUGGGUUCGACAGCAUUUUGCAGUGUGCGGUAGGCCUAAAGGGUUUCAAUAAAGUUGUGUUGCAUA